ACAUCAGAGGCAACGCCAGUGUUCAUUUACCACAGGUAAAACACAGCGACAUGUAGAGGCUUCAUGUCUAAAGCUUCCCAUGAGCCUCUUGGGGCCUACUCUGCUUUGACUGUGGAUCUCAUAAUGGGAUUAUCUCUUCUAAGUACACGAGAAAGGCUGAGGGAGAAAAUGAACCAAACACAGACUGGAUCUUUGGCAAACGUGUUUGUGUUUUCAGCAACAAUGAAAAUCCCCCUGUUCAACGCUUACAGGAUUUGAAUGAUACAAUCUGAUUUUUACCAUUUGGAUUCUUCCUGUGAAGACAGCAGCUGGUGGAGUGAUGGAUGCUGAGCCUGAUGCAGAGACAAACGGCUACAGUCUGUCCACCAUGCCGGACAGUGAAGACAGUGAAGAAGAAACUAGUCAAGAGGAGCCGCCAAUCACGAGCUGGAACGAGCUGUCCAUCAUAGAGCGUGUCGGCCUCAACAGUGUAGAGAUGUCGGAGAAAGGUUUGGAGACUGCCUUCUCCCAGAUCGCCCUGGGUUUCCGCUGUGAUCAGUACACCCUGAAGCAGAGGCUGCAGGCGGAGGAGCACGCCCGCAACCUGGCUGAGGAGAACGUCCAGCUGGAGCUGAGCAGAGGCAGGGAGACGCUGGAGACACUGAAGGGCCUAUGUCUGGACAGUAAGCGCAGUACCAUCCUGCAGAGCCUGGAGCUUUCUCUGGACAUCCUUGGUGGGACUGUGGAACGGAUCUCCAACACGGCUGAGGUCCUCGGGGCAGUGCACCAGGAGGCUCGAGUGAGUCGGGCGGUGGAGCUCAUGAUCGCCCAUGUGGAGAAUGUGACGAGGCGACGCGACAGACACCUGGCGGAGCUGGAGGAGGCCAAGAAGAUGACCCAGCAGCAAAACUCCAGCAGAAACAUCAUCGACCCCAGAGCGUCACCAGAUCCAGGGGAAAGUGACAACAGAAAGAGAAGCUCUCAGCAGUACAACGGUCGUCGACGGGUCAGUGUAUCAAUAAUUCCCAGCCAGACGGAGGAGAAGAGAAAGCCAGACUCCAGGAAGCGUGCGGCUCACAGAAGCUCGUCCAGCAGGAAGUCCUGCCCGUCGCCGUCCCUGAGCUCAGAGUCCAGCGUCUGUGCCACGACUAAGGAGGACAGCUGCUCAGUGGAUGACAGGCCACUCUGUCCAGAUGAAAAUCCGCCAGAAGCUUCAGCCGCUCAGCUUCCUCCAGACCCUCCUCCCAUCCCCAACACUGAGUGCCCCCCAUCCAAACAAGUGGUCGCCAGGAGAACACAAAACAAAAAUUCCCCCCUGGAUACUGUCCGACAGAGACGCAAAGGCAAAGCAGCAUUAUCAAAGAAGAAGUCAGACAAGGACAAAAAGAGAACAAAUAUCUACCGGCGGAUCUCUGCGGGCACGUAUGGAUCUGUGUGGAGUCCUCUGUGUCACUGGCUGUAUCGCUGUCGCUGGUUGGUCCUCUGCUUGUACCUGUUUGCGCUUUUUUGUGUCGUGACCUUGACAUACGUCUUGUGGAAGGUUCACGAUGGAGCAUUUGAGCCUUGAUCUGUUCUCCUGGAAUACAGUUAUUAGGAUGUCGUCCAAACACUGUGACUGUACUGCGAACAUCACAAAGCUCUUUGUACAUGAAUAUAAAACAUUUCGAUGUCACAGGUCAUCCUUGUCUUCUGAAAUGCUUCAUUUUAUCUCCUGCGUCUGUAUAAAAAUGCCACAAACGCCUUUUUCAGUCACAUUAUUUUUAUUAUAAAUAUACAUA